UUUUUUAUUUUAUUUUUGUAUAAAUGACAUAUAUUAUGAGACUUAUGGGAUAGACGAUUUGAAUUAUGGUUCGCAAACGAUUUCAAGAAGCCAAAACAGGGCAACUAUUCGCCAAAUCGUUCGAAUCCGAUAAGUUGUUGAAGAAGAUUGGUUUAGGAAAGGAAGAUCAUCACUUCUGGAAGCAAGUGGGCACAGCUUUGCUAUGCACGUACACUCUGUUCGGCGUUGCAUGGCUCUACAACGAAACAUCACCAUUGGGUUUGUGGACACUGAAGCCAAAGCCCAAGGAGGAGAGAGAGUUGGCCCACCUGAACGAGCGGCGAAAGUUUCCAUACCCUGGCGACAAUGAGGCAAUGAAGGAGUUUGUUGCCAAGGGUGGCAUGAUCAGCAAGGAGUUACAGGACAAGAAGUUCGAGCAAGAAGCUCUGAAGCUGCGGAUUAGGAUGAGAAAUUAAGUCCUUCUAGAGCUGCAAGAGAAAGGGUUUGAUGUUGAGUAAACAAGUUGGAAGCAUCUUGUAUGAAUGUUAUGGCACCUUUUUUGAGUGUCAAGUGUUAGAGGUGUAUAACUGGUAUUUGGUUGAUCCAAGGUGUGGCCUCACAUUUUGUUCUUUGUGUGUGUUUGUUAUUCUAUGCAUUUUGGUUUUAUUUUUGUUAGCAAGUGGUUCAAAAUCUAUGAAGGCUUCUUGUUACCAUA